AUGAGUGCUGUGGGAGAAAAAAAGAGCAAGUUGGACUUGCCGUUUCUCGAAAAAGAAUCUUUAAAGAAGUGGUGGUUUGGAAAAACGAUGAAAUACGGUUGGAACAAGCCGUGCAACGGAGCGUCAAGUCUAAUAGGAAAAAAAGACCAGAUGUUGAAGCAGUUUAUCGAAUUCAACUGUAAGCUGUGCUUCCUGCAGUCCAUUUUGGACUAA